CUGAGUCUUGUCUGGAAUAACAAGAGUACACUUUGACUCCCAUUGGAUUGUGUGCUUGUCUACAAGAAUAGCUUAUCGAAAUUCCUUCACGAUGUCUCGCCGUGGUUCUGCGUCUCGUGGCUGUCCUGGGACCUAUGAGGUCCGUUCUGGAUCUUACUACGAGGUCCGAUACACUUCUGAUGGCAAUUGUGCAUCCGGACAUCAAUCCCAACAUCAGUCCCAGCACCAGUCCCAGCAUCAAUCCAGCAACUAUUACGAUUCUUCGAACCAUUAUCAACAAUCUCCCAUGAACAUGGGCCAGUCAGAUUAUCCUGGGGCAAGUAUGGCUCUUGAGAACUGUUGUGAAUAUGGUAGUUCCUCACGGAGUCAUGCCACGUCGGGUCGGACUAGCCGCUAGUCUUCGGUGGCACCUUGCCCUCCAUCAUGCCCUGAAUCAGGGUACCUUGAUGCCAGGGUUCAGCAAGACAUCGCCAGUGCUUCAAACCUCCGUUCAAGCUCUCGUCGUUACG